CUGACGCCGUGGGCCUACAGGCCGCACAGCAUCGUCAGUAAGGACCAGGCCCUCGCGGUGAUGGCCCUCGCAGUGUGCUUCACCCUGAACAUCGCCCUCAACAACUUCAGCCUCUCGCUCCUGGACAUGUCCGUUAACGUUAUGGUCCGCUCCACGAGCCCGCCGAUGUCUCUUCUCCUGCAGCUGUGCUUUCCUGCGAAGGUAGGCAUGGUGCUACUCGGCGUCAUCUGCGCGGCGCUGGUGGUUAUUUCCAAGAGCACCCAGAAGAAGACGGCGGACCAGAACGAGGGCGGCGGCAGCAACACGCUGGGUCUCCCUGGAGCUCAUGGUAGUUGUGAUUCUUGGCAAGGGGUCAAGUUGAACGCUAUCGACUCGCUCAUUUACAUGACCAUUCCAAUCGUCGUGCUGCUGUUGUUGCCCAUCUACUUGAUCAAGCACCCCGUGUCUUAUCCUGGGCACGAGAUGGCCACGAAUUUCAGCGUGUUCGUGGAGAUCGCCCAGCUGAGCCUCGGCACCGUGGUGCAGGUGACGAUGUCCGGCAUCUGGGCCCUCGGCUACAACCUCCUGCUGUACAACAUUGUCAGGGUGGCGGCCAUCGCCCUGGCCCUGCUCAUGGGCAUGGAGUCGCUGCAGGCCGGCCGCUGGAAGUGCCUGAUGUGCGCGGGCGUGGCGGGGAACAUUGCGGCCUGCACCGCGUGCAGCCUGUGGCCGCCGCAGCCGAAGAAGGCCCUCACGAGCCUCGUUGCCGAAAGCCGGCUCAACACGCCGCCCACUGCAGGGCAGGCCCUGCAGGUGCGCGCGAUCUGUCUUUCUGGUUCAAACAGGACGCCGACCAGGUUCUGGACCGCGAAGAUUCGCGCCAAGGUGCACGUGAGCGUCGAGGUGCUGGAGAGCGAAGGAAUGCUUAUUAGCAACACCGCGAUCGAGGAGCCGGCCCGCAUAGAAACUGCAGAUCUGUUCACGCAGCUCGGGGUGUCCUGGUUGGCGCUGGUGCUCAGCGGCGGCGUCUUCGUCAUCUUGCCCAGGUACCAGACACUGGCGCAGUUACUCCUUUUCUUCGGGGCCCAGAACUUCAUGAACUUGUUGUACAUCAAGGCGAUCCUGUCCAUCCACACGGUCUCCCAGCAGCUCGCGGGCUUCCUCUUCCUCGCGCUGGCGAUCCUUGUGUCCCAGCUGACGCCGUGGGCCUACAGGCCGCACACCAUCGUCAGCAAGGACCAGGCCUUCGCGGUGAUGGCCCUCGCAGUGUGCUUCACCCUGAACAUCGCCCUCAACAACUUCAGCCUCUCGCUCCUGGACAUGUCCGUUGACGUUAUUGUCUGCGCCACGAGCCCGCUGAUGUCUCUUCUCCUGCAGCUGUGCUUUCCUGCGAAGGUAGGCAUGGUGCUACUCGGCGUCAUCUGCGCGGCGCUGGUGGUCAUCUCCAAGAGCGCCCAGAAGAAGACGACGGCCCAGAACUAG